AUGUUUGAUUUAUGUCACGAUUCACAUAUGAGGUACAAGCGCAAAAAGGAAAACGCUUUAGAAAAUGAAGCAAUUUUGAUGGGAUAUAAUCCAGCUACGAAAAUUUUUAAUGAUGACCAAGAAGCAGAAAUAGUAAAUUACCUGAUACAAACAGCUGAUAUUCAUUACGGCUUAUCACCAAAACAAGUGCGUCGUUUGGCAUACGAUUUAACAGUG